UGGUAAAACGAUUUUGGCCUAAUUGGCCAUCCAAGGAUGUACUAGUAUCAGGGGACAUUAAAAACAAGUCUUCAAGAAUACAAACAAUAGGGAAGGCAUAGUUAGUCUUCAUUUUUUCCUAUAGAUAAUUAUAUAGUUGUUGCUUUUUUCCUCUUUAUUAUGAUGUCUUUUCUAGCACUGUUGUCCAAAAUUGGAUUCAGUAUCUUCCCUCUCCUGAAAAUUUUGUUUCUGUCUCUUUAUGUCUGGCUAUCACCACUUUCUGCUGGGUGUUUUGAAAAAUAAUGGCUGGUGAACCAUCUGCAACAAAAUCACCUGAGGCACUGUGCUAGUUAGAGUGUAGAUUCCGAGGUCCCAUUUCAGGCCAACUGAUUUGCAGUCACAGGUACCUGAAUUGCUGCCCUCUUGUCUAUUGUGCACAUCCAGUCGGCCAUCAAAUCCUGUUAAUUCUACUCUUGAAAUGUCUGUUGAAUCCACUCAUCUUUAUUUCCCCCGCUCUAAUUCAAGCCCUCAUCUUUUACCUGGAAUACAGCAAUAGUUGCCUGUGGUGUAGCGUCACUUUGUCUCCCUCACUAGUUUGUAGUCUGUGUUGUUAUCUGUUCUGUCUUUCUAAAAUAUGUCUAUCAUCUCCUUGAAAACCUCUCAUUACUCCUUGUGUCAACAUGUUAAGGACUAAAUUUCUUAGAGUGACAUUUGAGGUCUGCUAUAGUCUAGCCAUAACUGAGUCUGCUGCAUGUGGUUUAUGUGGUCAGUGUACUCUACAGCUCUAUGGGAUGCCAUUCCAAUCAUAGUCUUUACGUAUGGUCUUCCCUAGGAUUUUUGUAGUACAGCACAGUCAUAUGUGCUGACCCUGACUGUAGCUCAUUUUGGCACCCUCACCUCUGUAUCAUCUCUGCACACGUGCUAGACUUGCAUAAACAGAAUACUCACUCUCAUCACUAAAUGCACCAUACUAACGACUCCUCAGGGCCUCUGCUCUUUCAGAAUGAAUGUACUUUUCCCAUUCAUUCUCUACUUGUUGAAACUCUUCUCAUCUUCUGGGAGCUGGUUUAAGUGUCAGAUCCUCUGUGAAGCCUUCCACAAUCCUUCUUAUUUUAAUUCUUCCUUCUAUUGAGCCUUCAUCUUGUUUAUACCUUUUGCUUAACAGUUUUCUUCUUCUUUUUAGGUAAAACUUUGAAUGAAAUGCGUAAAUCUCUAGUGAACCAUUGGGUGAGGUCCUACAAAUGCUUAUACCUGUGCUACCCAGACCUCUAUGAAGAUGUGCCCAGACCUUUUUUUUUAAACAUUUAUAAUUGACCUUUUGGCUAAUUAUUUUCAUGUGUGUCUGCCUCACUCCAUUAUAAGCUUUAAUUGGAGAAAAAGGCAAAGACCAUGACUGUUUUUCUGUUUCCCAGGGAGAAAAGGAGUGCCUACUGUGUGUUCAACACUGAACCAGUCUUGAACAUUGUACCAAUCAGGAUACAGCUCAGUUAGUUCCUCCUUUAGAGACCCACAAAGCAGUAGUUAAACAAGUGUUGCCUGCAUCACAGUGUUCUAGGUGGCUUGUCACCAUAACAUUCCAUCCAACUGGGAAAGAGAAAAAGGUGAAAGGGAAAACUUGUUAUGGAAGUUACACCCAUUUGCCAAUAACUAGCACAUAGUCACAUGACCACACGAGCUAAAAAUCAGAAAUAUUAGUACUAUAAGAGAAGGGGAGAAUGGAUAUUGAGGAACAAAUAACAUCUUUUGUAUAUGAUCUCACUUAAAUUUUACUUUUUACUGUAUAUAUGGUCUCAAUUUUUAUUGUAACCCUACAAACUAUGUAUGAUAUACAAACUGAUGUUCAGAGUUCAGUAAACGGCUAGGAAAUUGCAGAUCUUGGGUCUGAAUUUAAAGCCUGUAUUUUUUUUUCACUCAGUAAAGUGUUUAGGAGGAAAUAUAUAAACGUUAUUGAAUAAACAAAAGUCACAGUAAUUUUCACAGUAUUAUUUGUAAUCACAUAUUUUUCAUAUCACAUAUUUUUAUAGUAUCAUAUCAUCUCUUUACUUCCAGGACACUCUAUAUAACUUUACUCCUUGCUUCUCACCAUUCUGAAAUGAAAUGCCCUAGCAACUGGUUUGCAAUCAAGGCUUAAUUUGUAACAUAAAUUAAGACAAAGCACCUACUCUUUUUAAAUAUAUGAUAUCAUUUAUGAGCAAAAGUUUUUGUGCUCUGUAUAGUUUGGUAAUGCUAUACAAUUAUAAAGUUAAAGGAAACUCUAUUAUCCAAACUCUUUGUCUUAAUAACAAAGAAAAUCAAGGCUGUAGAACUUACCUUUUCUUUCAUUUCCACCCCUACUUGCUUUCAGGCAUCAUGGGAAAAGCUUUAGCCUGAUCUGUCAUGUUUAUAGUAACCAUCAUUGUUAUGCUUAAGAAUUGUCUCAGGUUUGUAUGGUUGUCCUGAUCAGGACAAUCAACCUGAGCAAUGCAUAAGAAAUGCAUAUAAUCCUGGCCUGUUUUAGUAAAGAAUUGAUGUUAUUUAAUAUUAAAAACAUCCUUAUCGCAGUGGGAAACCUGUUUGAAAAAGGAUGACUGCCAUUUGAUAAUUAAAUAAAAGGAAUGGGUAAGAUCAUUCCCACCUAUAUUUCAAAACCCUAUUCAAAUACCACCUGCCUCUCAAAGCCUUUCCUAAACUUCAUAAAUAGAUGAACUUUCCUCUCCAAACUCUAUAGCCUUUUGGAUAUCUUAAGAUAUUCACCUACUGUAUGCUUCAAGUUACAGUUAAUGGUACCUUCAUGGGAGGAGAUUUCAUGUCUGUUUUGUUCUCACGGCAUCAGUGGUAUCCAGCACACUUCUGCUCAUAGUUGGCACAAAAUAUUUUAUCAAAUAAGCAUAUUAACCAUAACACCCUGGGAGAGCACUUUGCAGCUGGCUUUAAUGAACAAUCCUUGAACUAAGAAUUUUAAAGAUUUAAUCUAGUUCAUAACACAGCUUUAUAGCUAUAGAUAAGUCAUUUAAGCCUUCUGAGCCUUAUCAGUCAAACAGGAAUAUUAAUAUGUAGUAGGAAAUGAAGAAUUGGUGAAAAUACUUUGUGAAAGAAACAUAACUUUAAGAUAGUACUAUAUUUGAAUCCCUUGCUGUUCCCCAUAUGGUGCCUUACACAUAAUAAGCCAGCAAAUACUUUGUUCUAAUUGAAGGGUAAUGGGAUAUAUUUUAUUAAAAUCAAAGCUUUGUUAGGGCUGGGAAGCUUUACCAAAGGAAGGGAAAAUUAUCUUUCUUGCUCAUGCUGCCUCUCCUACUCCAGGACAGUUUCAUUAUUGAACCAAGGGAUCAAUGAAAGAGGAAGCAGGGAUUUUCCUGGUAUUUCUUCAUGGACAGGCACACCAUGGUCAAUCACUGGGCUGGAUAGGUGGGACAAGAACCUGCUGCCCUCAGUUUUGCUUGUCUGAACCACUGGUCUGGGUAGGAAAAAAGGAAUUACUGCUAGAGGGACAACAGUGGGUAGAUGAGAGUAUCCACGCUCCAGAAGAAUUGCAGGGGACAAGAUUGGGAUGGUGAUUUGCAUUGAGCUAACCCUGCUACCUUCUGGGAUUUCAGAAUUUUUUUCUCAUGUAAUGGAAGGAAACCAGCAAACCAAAUCCAGAAAUAAAGCGAAACCCUAACUACAAGAGUGUUUUCAAGGGAGAGGUUGCUGUAGCAGUCUCCUGGGUUUGGAGAAUGAGCUUAACCAUGAGAUUUGGGUUUGAGCAUGUUUACUAUAAAUAUAAAGCAUUCUCCUGGAGUCUGGCAAAUAUUGCGGAAGGGGUACUGAAAUGUAAUUGAAAUGUAGCUGCCUCUUAAAUUAAUUUUAUACUUAACAAAUGCUAAAAAUAAAUAAACAAGUGGCUUUAAAGUUCAGGGUGUUAAUAUUUGAAAUCUGUCCAUUUUAAUUAGCCGAGUCCCAGAGACUUUCCUUUUACGCUAGUCGGUGUUGCUGAUCUAACACCUAAUUCCCUUCUUGGUUGUGAAAUAGGAAUUAAAAGUAUCAUUUACUUAUUUGUGUCAACCUGGAACUUAUUUCUUCAGCAUACAUUCUUAUUUCAGGAAAUAGGACACAUCUGUGUGGAAUUUACUCAGUAGCUCCUCUCUUAGUGACAUUUGUGUAAUCUAAUGCAAGGACCUGAAGUGAUGGCUCCACAUGAUUUACCUGCAUAUGAUGCAGCUAUUUUUAGUGCUGCAUUUACGUUUUUAAAAACAAGAAUGCAUCUUGUCGAUGGAACAGACAUGCAUUUUUAACUCAUAAACUCAAGAACUGUAGAACAAGGAAGUGUCUUAGAAAUUGAGUCCAAACACCUUUUUGUACUGAAGAAAAGGAAACUUUGGUCCCAAAAAAUUUAGUGGCCCUUAACUAAGGGUCAGUCAGUAAUAGAACAAAGCAAGGAACUAGAUGGAUUUCCAGUUCAAGGCUCUUAUUUGUCCCAGAUCUAAAAGUACAGGUGUGGUUUACAUUGACAAUUUUUCAUGACAUGCAGCUUUUUAAGGCUUUUUAACUUAGCCACUUAGCUACUUAAAACCUCUAACUUCUGUAUUAGUAUAUUAUAGUCCCUGUGACUGCCUAUACUUACUUUUUCUUUCCUCUUUGCGUAUUUAUUUUUAAUCUCAUGUAUUUUUUAUAAGUAGCCUUAGUAUGUUUUUGAAUGAAGCAGUGUCUAAAAUACUCAAAAUGGUGCUUUUUAUUAAUGCUAAUUGCUUAUGUUUCCAUAUUGUCUAUGUCUGGGCAGAGAUCCUAGCAAUGUUAAUUAUCCUAACAAGAUUUCAACUUUUUCAUCUAUCAGAGACAGCAGUAGAAACUAACUUCCUAAGUGGAAUGCAUAGAGUUGCCAUUUCUUCAGUUUUUCGGAAAGUAAUGACAUUGUUAUCCAAAACCCUGGAAUUGUUUUUAUUCCAGACCUGUCAUUUACUCCAUCCUUUAUAGUGAUGCUACAGGACGAAGAGGAAUGGAUAAAAACAUUGGCGAGCAACUCAAUAAAGCAUAUGAAGCCUUCCGGCAGGCAUGCAUGGAUAGAGAUUCUGCAGUGAAAGAAUUACAGCAAAAGACUGAGAACUAUGAGCAGAGAAUACGUGAACAACAGGAACAGCUGUCACUUCAACAAACUAUUAUUGACAAGCUAAAAUCACAGUUACUUCUUGUGAAUUCCACUCAAGAUGGCAAUUAUGGCUGUGUUCCUCUGCUUGAAGACAGUGAAACAAGGAAAAAUAAUUUGACUGUUGAUCAGCCACAUAAUAAAGUGAUUUCAGGAAUAGCAAAGGAAAAACUACCAAAGGUAAGAAGACAAGAGGUUUCUUCUCCUAGAAAAGAAACUUCAGCAAGGAGUCUUGGGAGUCCUUUGCUCCAUGAAAGGGGUAGUAUAGAGAAGACUUUCUGGGAUCUGAAAGAAGAAUUUCAUAGAAUAUGCAUGCUAGCAAAAGCACAGAAAGACCACUUAAGCAAACUUAAUAUACCAGACACUGCAACUGAGACACAGUGCUCUGUGCCUAUACAGUGUACGGAUAAAACAGAUAAACAAGAGGCGCUGUUUAAGCCUCAGGCUAAGGAUGAUAUAAAUAGAGGUGCACCAUCCAUCACAUGUGUCACACCAAGAGGACUGUGCAGAGAUGAGGAAGACACCUCUUUUGAAUCACUUUCUAAAUUCAAUGUCAAGUUUCCACCUAUGGACAAUGACUCGACUUUCUUACAUAGCACUCCAGAGAGACCCGGCAUCCUUAGUCCUGCCACGUCUGAGGCAAUGUGCCAAGAGAAAUUUAAUACGGAGUUCAGAGACAACCCAGGGAACUUUGUUAAAACAGAAGAAACUUUAUUUGAAAUUCAGGGAAUUGACCCCAUAGCUUCAGCUAUACAAAACCUUAAAACAACUGACAAAACAAAGCCCUCAAAUCUUGUAAACACUUGUAUCAGGACAACUCUGGAUAGAGCUGCGUGUUUGCCACCUGGAGACCAUAAUGCAUUAUAUGUAAAUACCUUCCCACUUCUGGACCCAUCUGAUGCACCUUUUCCCUCACUUGAUUCCCCAGGAAAAGCUAUCCGAGGACCACAGCAGCCCAUUUGGAAGCCCUUUCCUAAUCAAGGCAGUGACUCGGUGGUACUAAGUGGCACAGACUCAGAACUGCAUAUACCUCGAGUAUGUGAAUUCUGUCAAGCAGUUUUCCCACCAUCCAUUACAUCCAGAGGGGAUUUCCUUCGGCAUCUUAAUUCACACUUCAAUGGAGAGACUUAAGACACAUUUGAAAACAGACAUACCAAGUUCUAUGUGAUGAUUUGGGGUUUGUAAUACUAUAAAUACUUGAUUGUAAACUAAAUUCAAGAUCAUUUAUAGGAAAAUCUAGUUUCACAGCUAUUUGAAUUGUUUUCUAGAUUUACUGUAUAACUCUUUCAUUUUUUUAAAAGAUCAUUCUAUUCUUUCAAGGAGAAAUAAGCCUAAAAGAAGAAAAACAAAAAAAAAAACUGCAUAAAACUGCAAUCCUUUGUAUUCAUGUUUACAGUGCUAUUACUAUAAUUCAAAAUUACAUAUGUGACUUAGUUAUAUAAUCAUAAUUUAUGUUUAUUUCAAAUAUCUAAGUUUAUUGCUUGGAUUUCUAGUGAGAGCUGUUGAAUUUGGUGAUGUCAAAUGUUUCUAGGGUUUUCUCAGUUUUUAUUGAAAAAUUUAUUUAUGCUAUAGGUGAUAUUCUUUAAAUAAACCUAUAAUAGAAAAUAGCAGACCUAAUACAUUUCUUGUCCAGUGAUAAAACAAGUGGUAGAAUUAUUUAAACACUUAAGAUUUUUAAAAUAAUAUACAUGGCUUUAAUUUUACUAUAUGUAUAGCUACAUGAUGAAAUUAAAUAUCAAGAGGUACUUA